AUGGCUACAGGCCUCAGCCACACCGUGCUGCCUACUGCUAUGCUCAUAAAAGGCCGAUCAUGCCUCCAAAGCUUUUCGGUACGGGAGGAUCACCCUCCCUCUCCUUCUGCGGCAAAGAAGAUGAAGGUAACAUCACUGUACGGCAAAAUAGGAGGCUUCAGACUGAACUACGGACGGGGCUCGCAAAAAGGAAGACCAUUGGAAAGAAAAUCUCGGGAAACAAAGCGUACUCCACCGAAUGUCUGUAUCGUCACUGUGUUUGCUGCUUUGCACACGUUCUGGCAAAAGUUUACCGCCGUCCUCAGCGGCAACCCUCUUCCUGGUGACGAACCAUUCCAAGCAUCUCAGAGGCCAUCAGUCUGGGUCCUUCUGGUACACUUGAUACCACUUGCAGCUGUCUUUGUCAUCACUUCGCUCAACCUGUACGGAUACUGGAUAGGCAAAGAGCUCUCUGGAGGCAACAACCAGAAUACGCCGAAAGAACUAGCUCUCCAGUUGACAGCGAAAGCCCACGAGCUGCUCAUAAUGGCCUCCCUCAGCGAAAUCCUGCUCACUCACUUACUCAAGAGUCUGGCUUGCGGGUUUGGUUUGCCUUUCGGAUCUCUUACAGCAGGCAGUAAGUUCAAGGAUUUGUCCUACCUCUGGUCUCGGGACUUCCGCGCAAUGUGGGCGGCUAGCUAUCCUCGAAAAUCGCUUCUGCUGCCUCUGCUCCUGUUAUGCCUUAUUCUGAGCAUCGUCGCCGGACCUUCUUCUGCCACCGCAUUGAUUCCGAAACUUACUGAGUGGCCAUCUGGGCAUGCACUCAUGACACUCAACACCACUGACGCUAUCCUGUGGCCUUCUCGACUUCAAGAGAGUGCUACACAGCCUGACCGUUGCGAUCACUCUACAUUAGGCUGCUUCAACUCCUUGACAUGGGAUUCAAUCGGGCCUACACUGUUCUCGUACUGGGGCCACGAUACAUUGGGUGGGAUGUCGGCGAUGCCUCACCAGGUCAACAUCCCAGGUGUUUCAUCUCUGCGAUCAAUGGAUGUCCGACUUCGAUACCCAGGAAGCUCCUCGCCGCAAUACACCCUCGCUACGGUCCAACAUGCUGCCAUUGGAGAUAUGGUCAACACUUUCCGCUUCUUGACAUUCCCUUCCAGGUCGAGAAAGUGUCGCAAGAGAUGGGCGGAGGCCAUGUGCUCUUAUCAAGACGCCAAGUGGUACCUGAAGACGAUGCAGCCACUGGUUUUCUCAGCGUGUAUGCAGACUCAGCUAAACACCACAAAGGUUGCGUUUCCUUCGUUGCAAGCUCAGACUCUUGUUCUUACGACGCGGUACCUUGCUUUGAACGCUACAUUCGGGAACGACGAUGAAAAUGAUGAUAACCAUCCUCAAUUCCGCUGGGUUCCAUCUUCUACGAGUACAAAUCAACUGCUGCCAGACAAGUCCCUGGACGUGGCGGUCAAAUUGCCCGAAACGAUGAGUGGGACAUCGUCUGAAAGUCGCGUAUUUGCCUGUACAAUCCAAGCGCAAUGGGCCAAGUCUACCACGUUUACGAGCUUCAGUAACACGGACAACCUUGUCAGUAGUGUGGUGUUCGGAUUGGGAUCGUUAAUGUUCAAUUCCAAAUACUCUAACGGCCACCCUGUCUCGAUCACCCCGGAUUGGGCUCAGCGGACUGUUGACAGCCGACUGGAUUCUCAGCCGAAUGUGACGGCGUUUGAGAGAUUCAUGCAACUUGGGCAGCCCCACGAGAAUCCAGAAGCCAAGCUUGAGCUGGUCUUGUCGGUUCUCUUUGCCGAGAUGAUGGCCCACACGAGCCCCGGCACUGCUCCGCUGUCCAUCUCAAGUAAUGACCUUGAUCUCAAGAUGCGAGGGGACCUGACUGUACAGUCGGAUAGAGAGGCGCGGACAUCAGCAGAAGUAGAAACGGUGACAAUGCUCCCAGACGCAAAGGAUUAUGUGACGAAAUUUACAUUGUCGACUUCCAUGACGGGCUACGGAUACGGACUAGUCACUGUGUCCGGAGUUUCUUGGUCUACGGUGAUUUCGAUGGUUGUGUUGUACGUAUAUUCGGCCGUCGUCCUGAUCCAUCUUGUUUCUUUGUACGUUUCGCGGGAUAUCUAUAUCAAGUCGUGGAGGGAGGAUAGAGAGAUGCUCUUGACUUGUUUAUGGUCUAGAUCUACACCUGAGGUGCGGGCGGAAGGACAAGAACACGGAAUGACGCAAAAGAACCAUGACGGUGAGCCCAAUAUCUUGAAAGAAAUGGUGAUUUUGACAAGUAGGAGAAGGCAGCCCGAGUUGUCGUUCAGGACCAAUGAUUAUCUUAGGGUUAACUACUGA